GAAAAACACACGUCAUACUUCAGAUAUCAAAUCAUACGAAGCACAUGGAAAUUAUAUCGUAAAUAAAAUAAAAAUACCAAUGAACGCCAAAACAUUAGCAAUCAUAGUUAUACUUCUGUAUAAUGUGAGGAUAUGCCAGAGUAAGAAAUAUGUCAAUUUCACACUAUACUCCACUGUUCCAACGUCGCCAGAACAUUUGAAGUUCCUGCAGAAUUUGGACAAACAAAAAUACAUGGAGGUGAUAUUUUGGAGGAAGCCUUCUAUGUUGUACGAAGAUGUACAGCUUAUAGUCCAUCCUGGUGACAAAGAGCAUUUUCUAGAAAGGGUUUAUCAUUUUAAAAUGAAAGUUGAAGAGUUACUAAGCGAUGUUAACAGUGCAUUUGAAGCACAGACAGUCACAAAAUAUUUGCGUCUAAAUACAGAUACGUAUACAUGGUACAAUUACCACAAAUUAGAGGAUAUUUAUCAAUGGUUAGCUGACAUGGCCGUCCGAUACCCCAACGCGAUGGAGUUGAAUUCUAUCGGAAAAUCUAUUGAGGGCCGAGAUAUUUACGUCGUCAGCGUUAAAAAACCCGGUAACAAGUUCAAAGUUAUCGUCGAAGGUGGAAUCCACGGUGAUGAGUGGAUCGCCGUCGAAUUGGUCACGUAUCUUAUAAAUGAAUUGGUGGGAAAAAAUAACAGUGACAAUCGGCGAUUAUAUGAUUUGAGCAGAAAGUAUGAUUGGUAUUUGAUACCGAUUGUUAAUCCUGACGGUUAUCUUUAUAGUCAUACGACGGAUCGUCUAUGGAGAAAAAACAGGAGGGGCACGGCGAAUGCAAUUGGUGUUGAUCUGAAUAGAAAUUUUGAUUAUAAUUUUGGAAAAUAUGGCACAAGCAGAGAUCCAAAAGAUGAUAACUAUUGUGGACCGCGUCCAUUUUCCGAACCAGAAUCUAGAAUACUGGCAGACUUCGUAACUGAAAAGAAACAAAACCUACGUUUUUACUUUUCCUUUCAUGCCUAUGGACAAAAACUUAUAAUACCUUAUGCGGAUAGAAUAAACCAUAUCGACAAUUAUGGUGAAAUGGAAAAUUUUGGUAAACAGGCAAUAUUGAAAAUGUACAAAAUGUACGGUACAAAAUACGCUAUCGGUACAACUUACGACACUUUGGGACUACGUAUUUCCGGCAACAGUGCCAGUUGGGUGAAGAGAAUACACGGCGUGAGAUACGUCUUUACUUUCCUUCUUCGAGACGAAGGUUAUUAUGGCUACGCGCUCCCUCCUAACCAAAUCCUACCAACGUGUGAAGAAACCGUCUCCGGUCUCACAGAACUAAUGGUCGCCAAACCCAGAAGAGUCCGGUUAAAUUUCAUCAACAAGGCCCAAAAGCCGGUCUCAGUCAUUUUCAUAUUAUUGUUAUUGACCAAAAUGGAUAACAAUUUAAUAUAUUUUCUAAUUUACUUCUUUCCUAUAUUGUUUUGUGAUUGUAAAAAGUAUCAUAAUUACACCUUGUACAGGGGCAUACCAGUUGAUGAUAUUCAUUUAGAAUUUUUCAAAAAUCUUACCACAGUCGACUAUGUUAAUUUCUGGAGGGACCCUGGACAGAAGUUUAGGCCCGUGGACUUUGUCGUUGAUCCUGAACACAAGGAACAAUUUCUGAAAGAUGCUGAUAAUCUUGGACUGUACCUAACAACAAUAAUAGAAGAUGUGCAAAAAGCAUUUGACAUGCAGUCAGUCAAGCCUUAUAUCAGAAGGAAAAUGGAUUCUUUCGAUUGGAAUAAUUAUUUUCGAUUACAAGACAUAUACGAAUGGCUCCAGGAUCUGGAGAAGACUUAUCCUACAGAAAUUAAACUCACUACCAUAGGACGUUCGUAUGAAAGCAGAGAAAUCAUUGCCGUGCGGAUAGCUUUAAAAGGGAGUAAGAUGAGAUCUAAAGUUAUAGUGGAAGGCGGUAUUCAUGCAAGAGAAUGGAUUGCACCAGCCUUCGUAACGUAUUUAAUUAAUCAAAUAAUUCACGCUCCAAAUUCUAAUAAUCCGGAGCUCAAAGAGAUUGCUCUGACCUAUGAAUGGUACUUUGUACCUGUACUAAAUCCUGAUGGUUAUGAGUACAGUCAUACACAUGAUCGAAUGUGGAGGAAAAACCGAAACAGUUUGGGUGGAGUCGAUUUGAAUCGAAAUUUCAACCAUGCUUUUGGCUCGACUGGAGUAAGUUUUACUGUAAAUUCUGAAAUAUUUUGUGGAACUUCUGCUUUUUCUGAACCGGAGUCUCGGGCGAUGGGAACUUUUAUUGAAUCAAAGAGUCAGCACUUGGAAUAUUAUCUUGCUUUCCACUCCUACGGACAGUACAUGAUCUUGCCGUAUGCAAACCAGAGAAAACAUACAGAAAACUAUAAUGAAGUGUUCACAAUGUGCACAGAAGCUAAAGAAAAAAUUGCAGCUAAAUAUAACACGAAGUACACUGUUGGUACGGCUUAUGAUACUGUCGGGUAUCUGACGUCUGGAGUUAGCGGUUGCUGGGUCAAGGGUAAAUUCAGAGUUCCCUAUGUAGUCACUUUCGAACUCCGAGACAAUGGUCAUGACGGCUUCGCUUUAUCCCAAGACAAGAUUCGACCAACUUGCGAAGAGACAAUGGAUGGAGUGAUUUCACUUCUAAAACCUCGAACAAGGGCAUAUUCCAAAUUGGAAGGUGACUAUACUGCAGCUGCUAUGUCCCUAUUUAUUUUAGAUAAAAUUGUUAUAGUUUUUAAUGUGUUAUUAUUUAUUAUAGUGCGUUUUGACUAAA